AUGAAAACAAAGAAAUAUAAUAAUAAUAAUAAUAUGAUGAACUAUCCAAAUCAAAUGAUAAUGCCUAUAAUGUCAUACUUUAUGAUUAUUUUUAUUUUAAUUGUUUUACCAAAAUCCGAGGCAUGUGGUAUGACAACCCACAAUGAAGUUGCAAGAAGAGCAUUCAAUUUCUCAAGUUUCCAAGACUACCCUCAAUUCCAAACUUUAAUUCCACAAUAUCUAUCUUCAUUCCAAGCUGGUGCAUCAUUUCCAGACUGGGGUUAUGAUUGUGGUAAUAGUGGAAAUGAAUCUGAAUCUGCUCAUUGGCCACCAUUUUUAAGAAAUGCAACUGUAUAUUUAAAGAAAACAUAUCCACAACCAUGGAGUGAAGCCGGUGCAAAAUUGGCAGUAUUUUUAAUGGGUGUAUUGUCUCACCAAGUGGCCGAUAUAUCUUGGCACUCGAUUGGAGGAAUCCAUGAAGGUUUGAUUCGUGCCAUGGCAGGUCAAGAUUUUAAUAGUGACUAUAGCAUUGCUCACACCAAUGCCGAUGUUGGUGGUGAAUAUGUUUUAGCUUAUAAUUAUGAUUUAUCUUGGUUAGUUGAUCGAUGGGAUGUACCAAUAUCAGAUGUUAAAAAUAUAUAUUCAAUGAUGAAUUAUGAUGUAUCUGAAUUUACAUUAUUAAGAUGUAAUGCUAUACUGUUUGCAGGUGCAAUGGCAGUAAAGGAGGGUGGCAAACUAUUGUAUCCAGAGAUUGCAUCAAAGUCUCAAUUUUUAAUCGAUCACUAUCAAGACUACUUUAACGGCGGUCUAGAUGACAUGGCAAUGUGGACAAGUUAUUGUUGGCCAGUGUUGAUGGGAUGGAUGGACGGUGCCGAGAUUGGAGACUUUUGUUUUAUCCAACCAGACCCAAGCUUCAACUCUAAAAAACAAUUGAUGCAUGAAGCAGAGUCCAAACUGACCGGUGACCAAAAGAAACGAAUCAUUUCUUCAAAGUUGGCCGAUAUGAUUAAAGAUCAUAUCUUUAAUAGUCUUUCAACUACCGAAACUGGAGAUGGUGGAUUCCAAUUGACAUUUAAUAAUGGGUUCGUGUCACCUCGUCAUUUUGAAGAUGAUCCAUCUUACUUUUACCAAAUCUCUGAUCCCUAUGGUCAAGCUCUUAGAAAGUUGUAUGCCGAUGUUGAUCGUAUCUAUCAUCAACCAGUUCAUGGUGGUCCCCAACAACCAGACCAUAUUGAACAAUUGCAAACCAACUUUUCAACCAUUUUUGGUAGUUCGUUUUACAGUUACUUUGGUAGAGAGAUUCAAGCUGUUGAUCUAAACGGCGAUGGUAUAGAAGAUAUCCUCGUGUCUGCUCCAGGUGAGGGUGAGCCAGGUUCGAUGCAGACAGGUUGUGUAUACUAUAUCUUGCUCGGUCCAAACAGCAACAGCUCCUCUCUCUUUGGCAAUGAUGGUAAUGCCGACAUUGCAAAUGUGGCCAGUGGAAAGGUGUGUGGUACCGAAGUACAUGCACGCUUUGGAUGGGCCAUUGCAGCACUCGACUUUAACUUGGACGGUGUCAUGGAUUUGGCUGUUGGCGCACCAUCAUCGUCCAAUGCCAACCUCAAAUACUUUGGUGCCACCUAUGUCUACUUUGGAUCGAUCGAUGCCGACUCUCACACAUGGUCACUUUCCUCUCAACCAUCUAUCCUCAUCAAUGGAACAGACUAUCAUGACCAAGCCGGUUAUAUCCUCACUGCCGGCGACUGCAAUGCCGACGGACACCCAGACCUCAUCAUGGGCAUGCCAACCGCCAAGAGUGUCCGUCAGGGUGCUCAACGCGGCAAGGUUGCCAUCUUUUACUCUACCACCAAGCGAGUAGUUGGACAACGUUUGGAUGUCGACGUUGGCAGCAAUUGGUUGGCUAUUGGCGAAGUGGAUUACGAGUGGUUUGGACAUGAUGUCAAGGUUGCUCAGACGACCGCCGGCUCGUUCCUCCUUAUUGGCAGUCCCAACUUUCACCGUCGCCAUGUCGACGAUGCACCAAUGAAUCUCGGUUACAAGUUCCAAGUAGUCAAUGGCACCUUUAUCGGCAUUGAAGAUCCUCUCUUGGUUCUGUCUCUACCAACCCGUUGCAUCGGCUCUGAAAACUCACAAGUUGGUGAAAUUGUCUUUAUCGAGUUUGUCAACCUCAAGGGUUUCUUUGAUCUCAACCAAACCGUCCCCCUCCUCAGCGUCCAAGGCAACACCAAGUACAGUCGUUUCGGAGAGAGUAUCCUCAUGGAGACACUUACACCAGAUGCACCACCCAGUCUAUUCAUCGGUGCUCCACUAUGGACCAAUAGUUUUGACAAUACAGGUUCUGGUUGUGUAUUCUCAUUCGACUCUGUUUCUUCAAAUAUUAAAGAAAUCAAAGUCGGAGGAGGAGAUAAUAAGGAAGGUAAUAAGGGAUACACUACACACUCUUAUAUUUCCGGUAAAUCUGUAAAUAACAACAUCCGUGAUUCAAGAUUUGGAUUCAAGGUUGUACUCAUUGACAUUAACCAAGAUGGUAAAAAAGAUCUAUUGGUUGGUGCAGAUAGAGAUUCUUCUAAAUUUAUUGAAGGUGGUUCUUUAAAUAUUUUUAUAACUGCUUAA